GGAUCAUGGAGACGGCCGACCUCCUGGAAACCUCCAGUACGUAAUUUCCGCCUUGGAGUUGCUGGCAGAGGACCGACAUGGCUAUUAAAACGCGACCAUCCUGCGACUUUUCAUCUAUCUUUUCUUCCUUCUUUCCACAGCCAAACAAGCCUACACUUCAAAGCUGCCUGCUUCUUGACUCCUUUUGACUUCGGUCGUCCAUUCUUUCACCACUUUCAGCAACUAUCAACCUUUUGAGCUUUUAGCUUUUCCACUCUUUACAACCAAAACACCCUUCUUCUCAACCAUCAACACUUUCAAGAUGCGUUACGCUUUCGCCGCCGCUUUCCUGGCCUCUUCGGCCAUGGCCACCAAGGACGUUGUCUACCAGACUGAGCUCGUCACCAUCACCUCUUGCGGUCCUGAGGUCACCAACUGCCCUGCUCGAUCCACCGUCGUCAGCACCACCUCUUACCCCGUUGUCGAGACCUCCGAGGCUCCCAUCCCCACCUACGAGGCUCCCGAGCCCACCUACGAGGCCCCCAAGCCCACCUACGAGGCCCCCAAGCCUACCUCUGAGGCUCCUCUGACCACCUCCACCAUCUACAGCACCAACAUCAAGACCAUCACCUCUUGCGGUCCCGAGGUCACCAACUGCCCUGCUCGCUCCACCGUUGUGACCACCGAGACCUAUGCUGUUUCCACCACCAUCUGCCCCGUUGGUGAGCCCAGCAAGCCCGCUCAGCCUGAGAAGCCCGAGCAGCCUACCAAGCCCGUCUACGAGCAGCCCAAGCCCAGCAAGCCCGCUGAGACCAAGCCUGUUUAUGAGCAGCCCAGCAAGCCCGUGUAUGAGCAGCCCAGCAAGCCCGUGUAUGAGCAGCCUAGCAAGCCUGUCUACGAGCAGCCUUCUCAGCCCGCUACUCCCGGAAAGCCUACCUACCCCGGAAAGCCUUCCCAGCCCGCUCCCCACCACAACGGCACUGUUCCUGUCUACCCCAACCCUCCCGCUGAGUCCAGCAACAAGCCUGUUGUCCCCGCUACUCCCGUUCCUGAGGCUCCCGAGUGCGUUCCUUCUCAGUCUGUGACUGCCAUCACCAAGAGCUACACCACGGUCCUCACCACCGUUGAGUACUCUACCAUCCAGGUUCCUUGCCCUACUGGCGGCAACCCCGGUUACCCCAGCCAGCCCGGCAACCCUACCGGCCCUGCUGUUCCCCCUCCCGCCGCCACCACCCCUGCUGGCGGUAACCCUCCCGCUCACGGCAACGAGACUGUCCCCACUCAGCCUCCUGCCGUGACCGCCGGCGCUGCCACCUUCGCUGGCUCUGCCUUCUUCGCCGCUGCCGCCGGUAUCGCCGCUUUCAUCCUGGCUUAAAUUCUUCCUUUUUUCGUCCUCUAAGUUAGAGCCUGCAGGCUAUGGCAAUUUAUGAACCCAGGUAUUCUGUCUUGUUGGACAUGUACAGAGUUUAACUAGACGAGUGAAUACUACCGCUUUAUUGGCACAAAUCUGUACUUAAUCUUCUAAUCUGCAACCGGGUGUUCAUGGUUGGGCGAUUCGAUAGUUGGUCUGGACCAAAUCAUGAAUAUCUGCUUUAAAACUCAACCUUUUUACCAUUG